AUGAUUAAAAUAGGAGGUUCAUGCGUAGUCCAUAAGCAUAGAGGGAUACAACCUUUGUUAUUAGGAUUCAGGACCUAUGCUUCAGGCCUGGAAGUCAAACCGAAGAAGAAAACCAAAACUCAAACCGAUAUCUCUCAAAUUCCAGUAAAGAGCAUAGCUACCAUUGCAGACUUUUACGUUCCACCUAAGUUAACCCAAUAUUCAGUUCUAUGUUGGCACCGUUUAUUGUUCAGAAGAUUGGGUGCCUUUGCUAUCAAUACAUACAAUAUUGUGAAAUUCAAGCAGGAUACAAAGUUGAAGCUCAGAUUCAAUAAUUGGAAAGAAGAUGCGAUGGAGAAGUUUGUUAGAACCAACAAGGCAUUUGCUCAAGGCUGUUCUUUGCCAAAGGAAAGGAGGCAAAAGUUUUUGAACUUGAAAUUGGAAGGUAAUACUGGUACCUUAGUCACCCAGAGCUUAGUUGAAAGAGCAAAAUCGUUUCCUGAUAUUGGAAAGUUGAAGUGGGAACUUCUCUCUAUAGAAGAGAAUCCUAAAGUCAGUUCUUUUACUAUUUUACCGGAUGGAAAUGAUGUUACUACCUACGUCCAAAUGGUGAUAAAGGUGAAAACCAAGCAAAAGGUAACAUUUACCAACGGAAAAGAUACGAAAGAAACCGAAAAGGAAGUAUCUGACAAUUUGGUCUACACGUUGAACCCUUUCAGUGAUGAGUUAGUAUUGGUUGGAAAGAUCUUUGACUCUGACAAUAUAAGAGGUAUCCAACCUGACCUUAACUUUCAGGAAACCAGAGCUAUGCAAGAGUUUCAAAGACAAACUUCAGAUAUCUUUAGAGCCAAUCCAAAAACCGUAAACCUGUAA